AUGAGUGCCCAGAGUGUGGGGAAAGACUCCUUGGGAAGGCUGACCUCAACAACUGCUCCCACACCCUCUGGUAGAGGACCUCAUGAAUGCCAUCACUGUGAUAAAAGCUUCCGUUACAAAAGUCUACUCAACCAACACACUUUUUCACACACUGGUGAAAGACCUCAUGAAUGCCAUGAGUGUGGCAAACGAUUCAGUUCCAUGAGUCAUCUCAACAGACACACCCUUUCACACAUUGGUGAAAGACUUCAUGAAUGCCAUGAGUGUGGCAAAAGGUUCCGUACGAAGAGUAUCUUCAACGAACACACCCUUUUACACACUGGUGAAAGACCUCAUGAAUGCCAUCGGUGUGGCAAAAGGUUCCGUACGAAGAGUAUCCUCAACGAACAUACCCUUUUACACACUGGUGUAAGACCUCAUGAAUGCCAUGAGUGUGGAAAAAGGUUCACUACAAAGGGUAACUUCAACCACCACACCCUUUUACACACUGGUGAAAGACCUCAUGAAUGCCAUGAGUGUGGCAAAAGGUUCAGUAAGAAGAGUAACCUCAAGAGACACACCCUUUCACACACUGGCGAAAGACCUUAUGAAUGCCAUGAGUAUGGCAAAAGGUUCACUGAAAAGAAAAAACUCUACAGACACACUCGUGUACAUACUGAUGAAAACACUCCUGAAUGCCAUGACUGGCGAAAGGUUCAAUCAGGAGGAGGCCAGCACAACACGGCCUCCACGUCCAGCCCAGCCGCGUCUCCACCCAGUCUCUUCCACCUCCUAGAGCCCCUGCAGCCCACUUCUACCAGUCUCCUCCAGCCCAGCCCACUUCUACCAGUCUCCUCCAGCCCAGACCACAUGUACCAGUCUCCUCCAGCCCAGCCCACAUGUACCAGUCUCCUCCAGCCCAGCCCACUCCUACCAGUCUCCUCCAGCCCAGCCCACUCCUACCAGUCUCCUCCAGCCCAGCCCACUUCUACCAGUCUCCUCCAGCCCAACCCACUUCUACCAGUCUCCUCCAGCCCAGCACACAUGUACCAGUCUCCUCCAGCCCAGCCCACUUCUACCAUUCUCCUCCAGCCCAGCCCACUUCUACCAUUCUCCUCCAGCCCAGCCCACAUCUACCAGUCUCCUCCAGCCCAGCCCACAUCUACCAGUCUCCUCCAGCCCAGCCCACAUCUACCAGUCUCCUCCAGCCCAGCCCACUUCUAUCAGUCUCCUCCAGCCCCGUGACGCCCCCCCAACCGGGCAGCGACUACGAAGACUUUACAAACCCUGAAUUGGCAGCCUGGCCACAACAUGUCCUUGCGACAAGACCUCGUCCCCUCUGACUGGAAAAUGGAUUGCGUAACACCGAUUUUUAAGAAUUAUUGGUCCAUUAGUCUGACUUCACUAGUAGGGUAGGGUACGGGCUGGUGAGCCCGUCAGAGGAUGUCGUCAGUUUACCAGGAGUUUA